UGGUGGCGCCGCUGCAAUUGGUGCAGGUGGAGUUGCAGGCAGAGGCAGCAUUAGUCGCUGGACCGAAAUACCAUUGGGCAUAAACACGCGAAAUAUGCCACACACAGGUCAGGCUGGCGUUAACCAACUGGGUGGCGUUUUUGUCAAUGGCCGGCCAUUGCCUGACUGUGUGCGCCGCCGCAUUGUCGAGUUGGCACUUUGCGGUGUUCGUCCGUGCGACAUAUCGCGGCAAUUACUGGUCUCGCAUGGUUGUGUUUCGAAAAUAUUGACGCGCUUCUAUGAGACUGGUUCUAUACGACCGGGAUCGAUUGGUGGCAGCAAAACCAAGCAAGUGGCCACACCCACCGUUGUCAAGAAGAUCAUUCGUCUGAAAGAGGAGAACAGCGGCAUGUUUGCUUGGGAAAUUCGGGAACAGCUCCAACAGCAACGCAUCUGCGACCCAUCUUCGGUGCCCUCGAUCAGCUCCAUCAACCGCAUUCUGCGCAACAGUGGUCUGUGGACUGAUGAGAUGACGUCGAGUCAGCAAAAUGCUGCUGCCGCCGCUGCAGCCGCACAGCAAAUGUCAACUGCCGCGUACGCCACGCAGGCACACAUUUAUGCGAAAGCGCCGCCGCCGCCGCUGCUGCUGGCAGCAGUAACACCACCGCCGGCUGUCAACCAGGCCCUGAGGGUGCCGGCCUUGCCACAACAACACUCCGUCGGCGAUAUGCCCAUCAAACCCGCACCGAAACAUCCCACCGUGGCGCAUAUGGCAGCCCUGACCGCCACUGGUGGUAACAACUCAGCACUGGCGCAACUCUCGGCUACCGUUUCCUCAGCGGUGUCGGGCCAUCUCAGCGCACAGGAUCUCAGCUACACGGCAUUGCACAAACAUUGGCUCUGGCAUCCCUCGCUCCUGUAUUAUUCGACGCAGCAUUCUGCGCAAACCGCCAACCAGUUCUUACCCUAUGCGCAAGCUCAGUGUCCAGCGUAUUUCCAUGCCGGCGGUAGUGGUAGUAGCAGCAGUGGCAUGGGCAGCAUGCUGAGUACUGAAGGCACUAUUGAUUUGGUAGCACACAGCGCCGGCGACGCGCUUAGCGAUUGUGAUUCGGGCAAAUCUUCGCCGGCGACUUCGCUAAAUGCCGCACCUACCACGGGUUCGUUGAGCGGCAGAGAGUCGACUCACAGUAAAGCCACCAACUGUCGCAAACGCAAUCCCUACUCCAUUGAGGAGCUUUUAAAAAAGCCCGAGAAGCGAUUGCGUUUACAUGCUAAAAGUCCGCGCAAAGAGGACGAAUCAAGUGGCAGUAGCAUCAGUUCGAGUGGCAGUAGUCGGAGUAGCUGCUGCGAUGAUAGCUGUGAUGAGACGCGAAGCCAGCAGACAGAAACGCUGGUCACCGACGAUUGCAACGAUAAUGUGGAAGUGGUGAACUAAGUAGGAAAAUGUAAUUCGAACAAUGAGAAAAGUAUUUAUUAAAAUGGAUUAUUGAUUUAUUUAUAUGA